AUGACAAUUUCAGAAUUGUUUAGUGAAAAACUAAAACACUUACAAAUCAUUCAAACUUUAGUUGAAAUAGAAGCUGUUAAGAACUAUAGACCACCUAAAAUAACAAGUACAGUAAAAGAAUAUGCAACAGAAACGUUGGAUCUAGGAGAAAGUGUAAAAAAAUUAAAACAUAAGGAAGUUUCAAACAUAAAGCUCAAAGUUCAUGAUGCUCUCGAUACACAUCUUAUUGGCAAUUUGAAACUUGAACCAGAUAUUUGUAAAAUAGUCUUUUUUCUUGAAAAGCAAGAAUAUAAAAAAGAAAUAACUCAAAAAUUAGAUAUUUAUUCUUUCGGAGUAAUUAUGUCAGAAGUUUUUACUAGAUAUCCUCCAUAUCACCUUGCACUCAAGGUUUGUAAAGGUCUCAGACUUAAAAUUAGAUGCAAAAUUUCUCAACUACUUUUGGAUCUAAUGAAUAAAUGCUUAGACGUAGAACCUCAAAAUCAACCAACUGUUAGUGAAUUGGUUGAUACACUGUAUCAGCUUUAUGGUUCAUGCUAUAAAGUUGUGGAACUUGACAAAAAGAAACAUAUAGACUCAGAGUAUGUCGCUUUCGAAUUCUGUACCAAAAAAAUUUCAGUAUUUGAGAUUGAUGAUGACAUUCUUUUUGAAAUUCAUAAAUUUCUAUACCCUAUACAACAAUUGAUAAUUAAUGAAUUUUGCAUCAUUGAAGGAAAAAUAGAAAAAGAAAAAGCAACAUUAGGUCUUAUAUCACUUCAUUCAUGGUUGAGAUUUCAGCAAAUAUUUGAAGAGGCCGGGUUUGAUAUCUAUACAUGUUGUGAAUUAAUUGAAUUGAUUGAAAUAAUGCGUAAUGUAUAUUGGCAGGUUGAAGAGAGGGGUAAUUUUGCACAAACAGAUGCAUUUGUUCAAGAAUUGA